GCCGCUGGUGAGCCGGCCAGGCAGGCAGCAGCAGAACUCCACACAGGAGAAAAGAAAAAACAAAGGAUUCCACGAGCUGCCACGAGAGCUCCGAUUCGUUUCUGAUCCAAAGUUGAGGAUCCGAGAUCCACGCGACCACAUACCCCCAGCGGUCACUCGGGCCCAGCCCCCUUUUAUCGCUGCCGAUUGGAUUCUCCCACCAAACCAACCAACCCCCACCCGACGCAUCGUCCCCGUCGCUAGCUAGCUAGCUAGCGCGGCAUUGACCAAUCGCCUGCAGCUUCGUCCGCUGCCAUGGCCAUGGCGAGCAAGCGGCUGCCACUCGUCGCCGCUGUGCUCCUACUGUUCCUCUCUGCUGCUGCGGGAGCGGACGAGGCGGCGGGCAAGAAGCAGUCCACGUACAUCGUCCACCUGGCGCCCGAGCACCCCGCUCUGUCCCUGCCCGCCGGCCGCCGCGGCCUCGGCCGCGUCCUCAGCCUCCCUCGCCACCUACGCUCUCCUCGGCCGCGUCUGCUCUACACCUACGCGCACGCCGCCACGGGCGUCGCGGCGCGGCUCACGGAGGAGCAGGCGGCGCACGUGGCGGCGCAGCCAGGCGUGCUGGCCGUGCACCGCGACGAGGCGCGGCGGCUCCACACGACCCACACCCCGGCGUUCCUCCGCCUGGACCAGGCCUCCGGGAUCCUCCCCGCCGCGCCCGGCGCGGCAUCGGACGUGGUCGUGGGCGUGCUCGACACCGGGAUCUACCCCAUCGGCCGCGGCUCCUUCCUCCCCUCCUCCAACCUCGGCGCGCCGCCCAAGUCCUUCCGCGGCGGCUGCGUCUCGGCCGGCGCCUUCAACGCCUCCGCCUACUGCAACGCCAAGCUCGUCGGCGCCAAGUUCUACUACAAGGGCUACGAGGAAGGGCUCGGCCGCGCCAUGGACGAGGCCGAGGAGUCCAAGUCGCCGCUCGACACCGAGGGCCACGGCUCCCACACGGCAUCCACGGCCGCCGGCUCGCCCGUCGCGGGAGCUUCGCUCUUCGACUACGCACGCGGCCAGGCCGUCGGCAUGGCCCCCGGCGCGCGCAUCGCGGCCUACAAGAUCUGCUGGGCCAACGGCUGCUACGACUCUGACAUCCUCGCGGCGUUCGACGAAGCCGUGUACGACGGCGUUGACGUCAUCUCCUUGUCCGUCGGCGCCGGCAGCUUGGCCCCGCCUUUCUUCAGGGAUUCCAUCGCCAUCGGCGCCUUCGGGGCGAUGAAGAAGGGGAUCGUCGUCUCCGCGUCCGCUGGUAACUCCGGCCCAGGGGAGUACACCGCGACCAACAUCGCUCCCUGGAUACUGACCGUCGGCGCGUCCACCGUCGACCGGGAGUUCCCCGCCGACGUGCUCCUCGGCGACGGCAAGGUCUACGGCGGCGUCUCGCUCUACGCCGGCGAGCCCCUGGGCUCGAGGAAGCUGCCUGUGGUGUACGCCGCGGAUUGCGGCAGCGCGUAUUGCUACCGGGGCAGCCUUGACGAGUCCAAGGUUGCCGGGAAGAUCGUCAUCUGCGACCGCGGAGGCAACGCGCGUGUCGAGAAAGGCGCGGCCGUGAAGCUGGCCGGCGGGAUCGGGAUGAUUCUCGCCAACACGGAGGACAGCGGCGAGGAGCUCAUCGCGGACGCUCACCUCGUCCCGGCCACGAUGGUCGGCCAGACGUUCGGGGACAAGAUCAAGCAGUACGUGAAGAGCGACCCGAGCCCGACGGCCACCAUCGCGUUCCGCGGCACGGUCAUCGCGGGCUCGCCGUCGGCGCCGCGCGUGGCGGCGUUCUCGAGCCGAGGCCCCAACUACCGCGCGCGGGAGAUCCUGAAGCCCGACGUCAUCGCGCCCGGCGUCAACAUCCUCGCGGCCUGGACCGGCGAGUCCGCGCCCACGGACCUCGCCAUCGACCCGAGGCGCGUCGAGUUCAACAUCAUCUCCGGGACGUCCAUGUCGUGCCCGCACGUGAGCGGCCUGGCGGCGCUGCUCCGGCAGGCGCACCCGGACUGGAGCCCCGCGGCGGUCAAGUCGGCGCUCAUGACCACGGCGUACAACGAGGACAACUCGGGCGAGACCAUCAAGGACCUGGCCACCGGCGUCGAGUCCACGCCGUUCGUGCGCGGGGCCGGACACGUGGACCCCAACAACGCGCUCGACCCGGGCCUCGUGUACGACGCCGACGCCGACGACUACGUCGGCUUCCUCUGCGCGCUCGGCUACUCGCCGUCCCUGAUCUCCGUCUUCACCAGGGACGGCUCCGUCGCCGACUGCUCCAAGAAGCCCGCCCGUUCCGGCGACCUCAACUACCCGACCUUCGCGGCCGUCUUCGGCUCUGACAAUGACACCGUCACCUACCACAGGGUGGUGCGCAACGUCGGCAGCAACGCGAACGCCGUGUACGAGGCCAGGUUCGUCAGCCCGGCCGGCGUGGACGUCACGGUGACCCCGAGCAAGCUCGCGUUCGACGAGGAGCACCAGAGUCUUGGUUACAAGAUCACGCUCGCGGUGUCAACGAAGAAGAACCCGGUGAUUGUAAACGCCAAGUACUCCUUCGGGUCUCUCACGUGGAGCGACGGCGCCGGGCACAACGUCACGAGCGCCAUCGCCGUUACCUGGCCGUCGUCGAGCGCCGGAUCAGCGUCCAUGUAGAUAGAUGGUAGCGGCGUUGGUUCUUGGCACACGAUUUGUUUCGUUUACUCUGCAAUCUGCACGCGCCUGUGAUUUAAUCGAAUAAUUACUGAAUAAUUUAUCUUUGGAUACCUUCGAUGUUAAUCCAGAUCCAUUCAA